UGCGUGUGAUGGAUAAAGCUCAUUUGUGUGAAAGUUUAAUGAAAUGGUUGCAGACUUUUGAUUUGGAUGCUCCACACAAAACUUUGGAAGAAAUUAGUGAUGGUGUUGCAAUGGCGCAGGCUCUCACUCAAAUUGCUCCAGAGUGGUUUGGAGAGUCUUGGAUGUCAAAGAUUAAAACCGACGCUGGUAAUAACUGGAGGUUGAAGGUUAGUAACUUGAAAAAAAUUGUUCAAGGAAUCGUUGAUUACUACCAGGAGUGCCUAAAUCAGCAUCUAACAGAUUUCAACAGGCCAGAUGUUGGUGAGAUAGGAGAGAAGUGCAAUCCAGAGGAGUUAGGACGCCUUCUGCAGCUGAUUCUGGGGUGUGCAAUUAACUGUCAUCGCAAACAAGAUUAUAUAACAAGGAUAAUGUCCAUGGAGGAAUCUGUUCAGCAAGUCAUCAUGCAGUCAAUUCAAGAACUUGAUAGAAGCAGUAUGGGGUCUAGUGCGACAAGCAUUAUUCUAGGUUCAGGUCCUGAAACAGAUCCCCAAUUGCAGAGGAUAUUGGGAGAGUUGGAAGCUGCAACAGAAGCAAGAGACCAAAUGGCCCAGCGAUGCCAUGAGCUGGAUAUGCAGGUAACUGUGCUUCAGGAAGAGAAAGCUAGUGUGGUGCUUGAGAACCUCAAGCUACAGGAUCGCCUACGUCAGUUUGAAGCUUUGGAGGAUCCUGGUACAAGCACCAUCCAUCGGUAUAAGGAAACACGGAAACAGCUUGAUGCUUGCAAAGAAAAAAUAUUCAGGAUAGAAACAUCACGGGAUGACUAUCGCAUGAAAGUUGAAAUGCAGGAGAAGGAACUUCUAGAACUUCAUUCUAAGCUGGAGGAGUUGCAAAAAAUGGCUGAUGAAGCUCGACAUCUAAAAGAUGAAGUUGAUAUUCUAAGGGAAACGGCAGAUAAAGCAGUCAAAUAUGAAGCUACCAUUGCUUCAUACAAGAAGAAAUUGGAAGAAUAUGGUGAUUUAAAGAGACAGAUGAAAAUUUUGGAGGAUAAGAACACAGACUAUAUGCAACAAAACAUGGAGCUUGAAGAGGAACUGAAGAAAAGUGGAACUUGGAAACCCCAGCUAGAAUUAUACAAGAAGCAGAUAGCAGAAUUACAUCAGAGACUUAGUGAAGAGACAAAGAGAGCUGAUAAAAAUGAUUUUGAGUGUAAAAACAUGCAAGAGAAGCUGAGUGCUAUUCAAAGAGAGAAGGAGCGACUUAUCAUUGAACGGGAUUCUCUGAAGGAAACUAAUGAAGAACUGAAGUGCUCCCAGUUUGCUGGAGGAAGCUGUAUGAGUGGAACAACUCUCCUUGCAGAAACUGUUUCUGAAAAUAUGAUUCCUUCUGAGAUCAGAGAAAGAUUGAUGCGCUUGCAACACGAGAACAAAAUGUUGCGAAUGAAUCAGCGUGGCCCAGAUGAUGACAAAUUGUCAAUGGUUCAGGCACUACUGGAUGAAUCAACACAGAGAGUAAACCACUUGUGCAUGGAAAAUAGAUUAGCCAAUCAAAAGAUCUUGGAAUUGGAAAAGGAAGUUCAGGAAGGUGGAGGUGCUGGCUUACGUCAGCGCUUGACUGAUCUUCAAGGACAGCUUCACAUUGCACAAGGAGAGAAAGAGAGGAGAGUUUCACAGCUAGAAGAACGGGAAGUUUCCAUAGCUGAGCACAAGCAAAAGAUAGCAGCAUUGGAAGAAACAUUGAGGCGGAAAGAUGCGGAAUUCCAGGCCCUAGAAGAGAGGUACAGGAAGUACAUUGAGAAGGCAAAAAGUGUGAUAAAAACCUUAGAUCCAAAACAAAAUCCAGGAUCUGCUGAAGCAGCUGUUCUUCGCAGCCAGCUGCUUGAAAAGCACAAGCUAAUUGAGGAUUUGGAGGAGGAGAAAGAGCAUACCAGAGCAUUUCAUGAAAUGGAAGAAAAACUUAUGGUUGCAGCAUUCUACAAACUUAGCACAGUUCGACAGCGUGAAGCCUUAGACAAUCGUUUGGCUGCACUAAGUUCAGGACAGGGUCAGUCAUUCUUAGCUCGCCAGCGCCAGGCUACUCGCAGAACGACGCAACAUCAACACUUUGAUUCCAGAUAGGCUUCCAGUAAUGUAUGGACUGAAGACAGAGGCAUCAGGUUCUUCCAUAACAAAGGCAACGCUAUAUGAGACUAUACGGUGGCACAUCCAAGAGGACCAGAGGGCCUUUGUUCCUUGUGUCAUACAAUUGAACUGCAGAUAAAUUAGAAGAAUGUAUAGACAUGUGAAGCAGUAUUAUGAUGUUGAUGCCUCCAUUUAUCACUAAAAAUGAUUUUAUAUGCUACACAUUUGAUUUUAUUUACUAAUCAGCUGUAAAUAAUUUGUAGUGCAUUUACUUCUGUGCAUCUCUUGAAUAGGCUGAAGAUUUGGGUGGGAAAUCAGUUAUAUAAUUUGUAGUUGAAUUUAAUAUAAGUAACGUAAAUGUACCUGUUUUGUGCAAUGAAACCUUUUGGACAUAGUUUUAUAUUGUUAUUGUGUUAUUAAGAAUCAAUGUUAUGGCAAUUUUAGAUUAUGAUACAGUGUGUUUAAGUUGCUUACAAAUGACAUUAGAAAACACAUUACAGUUCUGUGCAUUUGGAACAACUAUAGUGCAAACUGAAUGAUAAAGCUAAUGAAAUCUCUUGUGUUUUUGGCCAAUUGAAUUGUUUUGGAUUACUGGACUUCAAAUAAAAAAUUUCAAUGUU